GUGGUGCAGGAACACUGCACGACUCCUCUCUUUCCCACAAUUCACCACGCGCGAUCCUGCGCUCGCUGUCUGUGGUGCUGAAGCGGCGCGUGCUUGGGACUGGAGCACAAACAUACAAUCGAGGUAUCCUCUCGCGGGAUGGUCAGAGGAGCUACGAAGUAGAUAGAAGAAGAGUGUUUUGCAAUUCAGGAAUCCAAGCCAAUUAUUUGUGAUUUUUCAUAUACAAUGCAAUUUACAGUAGUCUGAAUUUGGGUAAGCUGGUUUGAUAGCAUAUAGCCUAUUUGCGCUGUACAUGUUAGGUUUUUUACACAGCCUCUCUCUCUAAAUUAUUUCGCUCUCAUCUUUCGUGUUGUUGCCUGCCGGUGUCAGGCGUUCUUUAUGCACAGCAAGCUGCUCCAGUUCUCUCCGAGAAAAUAGACAUUCACGUCGGAACAGCAUGGCCCGGUCCAGUCGCAUCCACUGAGAGAGAUGGAAGCCAAGCAGCACUCCCUAAAGAGCCUGAAGAGCUACCCAGAGGCGGGGGGCCGGAGCCUGGCGGCGGCAGCGGGAGACGUCGGUGGUGGAGGAGGGUGUCGUGCCGGCUCGGCACAGAUGGAGAUGGAGGCAAACAUACAGAAAGCCAUUGACUUCAAGGUGGAGGGCCACCGUUGCUACAAGGAGAAGAAAUUCCGGGAAGCGAUAGGGAAGUACCACCGGGCUCUGCUGCAGCUGAAAGGGGUGCAUUUAGUGGAUGGAACCACGGGCUCCGAGGUCAACCUCCUGAGCCAAGCCGCGGUCAAACUGACGGAGGAGCAGCGGAGAACUGUGGAGAUCACGGAGAUCGAGUGCUACGACAGCCUGACAGCGUGCCUGUUGCAGUCCGAGCUGGUGAACUAUGAGCGUGUGAAGGAGUACUGCCUGAAGGUGCUGAGUCACCAGAGGGACCACUUCAAGGCCAUGUACCGCGCUGGCAUCGCCUGUUACCACCUGGGAGACUACGACUGUGCCCUGCGCUACCUGCGUGACGCCAAGCACCGCGAGCCCUCAGACACAAACGUGCUGCGGUACAUCCAGUUGACGGAGAUGAAGAUGAGUCGGGAGGGCCAGCGGGAGCGAGAGAGCGGCAAAGAGGCCCUGGGCUAAACCUUUGACCUUUUGGCCCCUGUCACUAUGGCCUACUCUAUGACCCAUCCUACAUAUCUCCUCUCUGACCUCCUCUCCUCCUUUAUCGAGCCCAGUCUCAUUGAUGACUAGCCCCAGUGAUGUGCUGCAACCAUGUAAAAGAACAGGGCAGAAAAAGCCCUGUCUCUCCCCCUCUCUUCUCCUCCUUGUCUUCCCUUCUUCCCCCAGGUGCUGUUGUUCUGUACCCAAGAUGCCGACUGCCAAGCCAACGAAGAAAAAACAAAGCAAAGGGAAAUUCUGUACUAAUUCUCAUACAAAACAGUCAUGGUUGUCUGAAUGGAGAAAAAAAAGUGUUAAAAAAAUAUAUAUGGACAAAGAACGUUGAGUAAUUUAGUAGAAGUGUAAUUUUAAACAAAAAAAAAUCAAGUAUAAUUUCGAAUUUUCUUUUUUAGUUGUGAGGACUGAGGAGAGGUCCAGGGUUGGGAAAGGUACCAGGGGAGGGCAAUGGAAGGAGUUUGGGAAGAGGGAGAGGUACACCCUGACCCCGCCCUAUUACAAUGGGGGUCUGAAAGCCACUGACCCAGACUGUCCCUGAGAGAGACUGCCCCCCCCAGCCUCAGCCCGGCUAGAGUACAGAUCAGGCUAGCUAGCACGCUACGUCUCUGUCUUUUUCAUUUUCAUUAUGGAAUUGUCUUCAGACAAGCCUGCCUUUUGCGCUCAUAUUCAACUUCUUUUUUUUGUUGUUUUCAGCUUUUAGUGUCUCGUCUUGAGUUUCUGGACUGUUUUGAAUUCAAGGGCUAAUUCAAGUGUUUGUAAUUUGUCCUUUGAUCGUUUUAACAUUUUUUUUGCUGUUGAUAUUACAUUGUACUUACUACUAUCAGUUGUUCUAAAGCGAAAUGUGUGACCUUUCUCUUUCUCUUUCUAAACAAAACAAACUAACUCCCCCAACAGGCUCGCUGUUCUGCUAUUAACUGGUGUGUUUUUGUGAACUGGUGUCUUGAAUCUGUUGUCAAAUCCCCCAUGGAAUGUGUGUUGUCAGACUGUUACCCCCCGCCCCUGCUUUCUAGCUAAUGAUGUCACUAUGGAAAAUAGCCAGUGGGAUUGAGGUUCCAACAAGCACCCAUGGCUGCACAGAGUUCUCUUCUGCUUUCUACUCCGAAUAUCUACUUCCAGGCCCUUUAUCGCUGAUGCUGAAUUCUCCCAGACAUCAGUGACAUCACGAGACACUCUUGGCCAGUGUUAGUGCAGGGAAUCCGAUCACAGAUACUGUAUCCUUCGGAAGUGUCUCAACCAUCAACAGGAGUGCGCCAUUUGAGAUUCCCAUUUGAUCGUGUAUAUUUUGAUAGAUAUCAGUGUUGCAAAAAAAAAAAAAAAACAAAAAAAAAAAAAACAUUUCAAAAUGCGCUGCCUCUGUAAGGCAGAUUACACAACACUAGUGAUAAUAGACCAACACGAGUGAGGAUUGUGGUUGGGGCAAGGCCAGCUAAUGACAUAUUACACACACAGACCCAUCGUGCCACUGCACUCUUUCUCAAGACAAAUCCCAUUGAGGUUGAUAAAGCCUAUAGGGUUGCUGGGAUUUCUAGAAAUACUUAGAAGUACUUGCCCUGUUCUAAGGAGAGGUUUGAGUUGACCAAUGUUAAAGCAUGAGCUUAAUUUCUCCAUCUAAUACCAUGGAACCUAGUUUCCUACACCCUAUGUGCAAGCCAAGCCCCUGCAUGGUAAUGUGUGGCUCAGGUGGAAGCCAUUUUUGAAUCCAGAUGCCAGGGAUCAUGUCUGGUUUGUUGCUUUCUUUAACAUUGCAUGUUGUGCCCCCUUCCCCAUUCAUCCCACGUGGAAUUGGUUAAUGGAGUAGUCAGCAGUUUAGCCUGGAAAUGGUAUCUUGUAUCUUGCAUAGGUUGAUUUUACUAGACUUAUAUGGCCCCAUACAGAAAGGAAUUAGGGCCGGCAGCAGUCAUCUGCCUUGGCCAACGUGAGCCAUGAGAAGAAUGAUUCCCCCCCC